GGGUCUAGAGGGUGGGAUUCACAGUCAUUGUUAGGCAGCGAGUCAGAGAGAGAGAGGGUGAGAGAGAAGCGAGAGGCGAGGGCAGGCAGACACUGAGCGUGUGUGCAAAUUGUGAUGAGUAAAAGCAUUAGUCGACUCAGCUGUUGAUACAGCCCAGUGUGAGAGAGUGCAAGAGCGUGAGCGAGCGAGAGAGAGAGAGCGCGAGCGAGAGUGUGAGAGAGGGAGUGAGAGAAGUGAAAGGGAAAAAAGGAAGGAAAGAAGGGAAAAGAAAGGAUACCACAACUAUGCUGUGCUGUAUAAGAAGAACAAAACCGGCUGAGAAGAAUGAAGAUGCCGACCAGAAGAUUGAGCAGGAUGGCAAACAACCAGAGGACAAAGCCCACAAGGCUGCCACCAAGAUCCAAGCCAGCUUUCGUGGACACAUAACCCGCAAAAAAAUGAAAGACGGCGAGAAAGACGAAGAGGGAGAGGAGAACACCCCAGCAGCCACCGAAGAGGAGGCAGCGGCCGCGGCGGAGGGCGAGGAGAAGAAGGAGGCUAUGUCUCCAGUGGCAGAGAAGGCAGAGGAGGCGGCACCUGCCGAGCCGGCAGCCAACGACACUGCCGCCACCGAAAAAGCCAAAAGCCCCGUCGCAGACAAGCCGGCUGACCCUCCGGCUGCGUCCCCGGCUGCGUCCCCGGCGGCGGCUGCCUCACCCACCGCCACUGCCCCGUCCGAGCCGGCGAAGGAGGCCAAGCAGGAGGCAGAAGAGAAGCCGAAGGAGGCGGAGAGCAAAGAGGCUCCCGCAGCCGCCGGGAAGAAGGAGGAGGAGAAAGGGGAGCCCAAACAAGCCGACGUGCCUGCUGCUGACGCCAGCGAGACAGCCGAUUGUGAGGAAACAAACCAAACACAAGAGAAAAAAGAUGCUACCGAUGAGUCUAAGGCGGCAGAGGAGACCACCUCGGAUGCAGCAAAGGAGGAAGACAAAGUUUAAAGACGAAAUUGAAAGUAAUUAAGAUGCUUACAAAUACUUAACAAAAAGGUUGCUCUUUGCCACCACUGCAGGUUUGCAAAGACAGUCUGUUUUUAUUUGUUUGGUCUUCUGUUAUUUUUUUGUGUGGCAAUGAUUUUCUUAUAGUGGAGGAGUUUCCAGUCAUGGCCAUUUGACUCAAGCUAGGAGUGAAAAGUGAUGGCAAUGACUGCCUCUACAUGCAAAACUCACCAGUGAGGGUAAAAUACUAUAUAAUAAUAAUAAUAAUAUUAGAAGAAAACAGCUCCAGCAUUCAUUUCAGCAACCUAACCAAAGGACUGGUCAUUCUCUCGUUCUGCUUGAUCUAGCCUGGUUUACUCUUUCAGUAGUUACCCACUUCUCAUUUUACAGUACUGUAGUAUAGCUGAACCAUUGUUAAACAUAAAAUAAGGAAAACCAAGAAAACGAAUGGAUCACAUUUCAUUGAAACCCAAACAUCGCUUCUCCUGCUCUUCAUUUUCCAGCAUUUCAUGAAUAGCUUGAACCGUUUAAAAACAAAAAAAGAAAAAAAAGAAAAAGAAUUGCAUGGGAACUCCUCCAUUGAGGAGAACUUUUGGCAGUCACCAUACAAAAAUGAGAAAAAGUGUGGCUUCUUUUUGAUGUCCUUGGUGUUGUUAUGACCGUUUGAUAUAAAUUGGAAUUAUACCUGCACUGAUGUUAAAAAAAUGAGAAAAUCAAACAAACAAUAAAAAAAAACAUUUUCCUAUGUUCAAGUGAGUGCAAUGUCAAGUUUGAAUCUAAGGAGUUAAAUUGUGGAAAUAAAAAAUGGUUUCAAUGUCUGUUUUCAAAAUAAAGAAAUGUGCCAAUUA